GCCUUGGGCCCUCCCUCAACCGUAUAGCUAGGCUAGAGAGUCAACUCGUUCAUUCAUUAUUCCACACAUACACAUUCGUUCUUUUCUUUUCAUCAUUCUCUUCUUGGCGGUGUAUAGUUAGUUGUUGUCGAGUUCGCUUGUGUGUUUCAACAAAAUAAGAUGAAGACCUCAUCAUCGACACUCGCCGCUGCGGCGGUGGCUUUUGCCCAUGCCGGUUUAGCUCUGGAGCUCAACACCGCCGAUACUGCCUCUAUCAAGAGCGCCGCUAGCCAGGUCGCCAAGGGGCUGUACGUCUUCCACAACGAGGCUGCGACAACGGGUCAGUUCAACCAACCACAGCCUUGGUUCUGGUGGUUAUCGGGCUCCGGCUGGACCGGACUCAUGGACUAUACCGUUUAUACAAAGGACACAACUUAUAAGAAGGAUCUCCUAUCUGCUCUCGCAAAGAACGUCGGUCCCAACUUCGACUUCGUACCGCCUGAGCAGUCUGGCUGGGAGGCGAACGACGACCAGGCAUAUUGGGUAUACACUGCCCUAACAGCUAUGGAAUACGGCUUUGACACGUUGCCGGGUGGUCCAUCAUGGGAUGUCGUUGCCACCAACGCUUUCAACCUCUUCGCAGAACGCUGGAACGCAGACAGCGGUACCUGCAACGGCGGGCUAAAGUGGCAGUACGACCCCAAGGCCAAUGGCUGGACAUACAAGAAUGCCGUGACAAAUGGUGCAAUGUUCCAGACAGCGGCUCGUCUAGCCCGCUACACGGGAAACCAGACCUUCGCCGAUUGGGCCGUCAAAAUCUGGGACUGGUCCCGUGGCGUCGGGCUCGUCAGCGACGACUACCACGUGUACGACGGCACGUCGGAUGAGAAUGGCGCCAACUGUUCCAAGGUGAACCAGGACGAGUGGUCCUACAACAUCGCCACCUACCUCCACGGCGCCGCGCACAUGUACAAUUUUACCGAUGAUGCGGUAUGGGAGGAGCGCGUGCACGGUUUUGUCAAGACGGCCGACUCCAGAUUCUUCAAGAGCGGUGUCAUGUUCGAGCAGAAGUGCGAGCCUAACAAGGCCUGUACCACUGACCAGACUUCUUUCAAGGCCAGCUUGUCACGCUGGUUGGGCAAGACGGCUGUCCUCGUGCCCAGCGCUAAGACGACUAUCAUGGGUAUGCUGGAGAAGAGUGCUGCGGGCGCCGCAAAGAGCUGCGUCGGACACGGCAACUCAACCUGCGGCGUCGCGUGGACCGGCAACGGCUUCGACGGCCAGUCAGACUUCGGCGUCGAGCUGAGUGCUCUAGAAACUAUCCAGAGUCUUCUCGUCUUCGAUGCUCCGUUCCGCACUGCUAAGGGAAGUGGUAAAUCAGAUGAUGACACCCCCGAUAACUCAGGUGAUGAUACUCCUGAUACCACCAGUGCUUCAACUCCUGUGGCCACAAGUACUGCCACACCUGAUGCUACAAGCACUUCCAUUCCCACAAGCACAAGUAUUGCCAUUCCUGUUACUACAAGUUCUGCGAUCUCUGCUACGACAAGUAUUGCUACCCCUGUCACCACCAGUACCGCCACAUCCGUAACCACAGGCGAUGCCACACACGAGACCAACCCUCCAGACCAGGUCAAAACCCCGCCUACGAAGGGCGCAUGUGGUAAGAAGAAGAGGAGACACGUCAGGAAAUAAGCGAGAGAGGGAAGGGAUAAUAUUAUAUUUUAGCUGUACAUAUGAAAACCGCGAUAUCGCCCGUAUAUAUAUUUAUUAUAGAAGCGAAGCUCGAUC